AUGGGGUUGCUCACUGCAAAUCAAUCGACCUGGAAUCGAUUAUUUCAACUGAAGAUGAGGGAAGAUCCAAAAAUUUCUUACGAAACAUUAAAUUACUUGAGUUGCACAGAAAAUUCAGAUACUUUUCUGAAUUACUUGAACAUGACCCUAACGAAGAAUACAACGAUAUUGCAGUUCGCAAGGCCCGCCGAUAUAUUGCAAUAUUUGAACAUGGAUAUACCAACGAACGUGGAUGUACAAAUUGACUUCCUGGUUAAAAAUUUUCAAACUAUACAUUCAGUCACAGAUAGACCAGAAGUUAUUUUUGACAGCCUUAUCUGGAAAAUAAGCAAGCAGAAUCAACUGAAUAAGCUGAAAAACUUUCUGCGAACGAUCGGGGUGAAUAAGGACUCUGACAUAUAUUAUCGUACACGGGCUUUGGGAAAGGACGAAGAAGCAGUUACUGAAAUUUUGCGUUGGUUCAAAGACGAACGAGAAUAAAGUAAUGGAGUAAUAUGUUGCGCACGUAUGCGGAUUCUAGCAAAAAUUACGAAAUCUUCGAUAAUCGUCAAAAUUUGUGAUUUCAAGGAAGGAAUAUUUGCUAUUUACAUCGAUCGAUGAGUUACAUUUGUACUAAAAAUAAAAAUUUACAUUUUCAUCAAUACCUCGAUAACGCAAUUCUUCAGUAAAAAAUAUUUUAUUUUCAUCAAGAAUCGUCCCAGGCCUGAAAAUUUUUGAAGUUACUCUUCCCAAUAAAGAUACGCUUACUGCAUACACACACUCC